CUACUGUACAUGUACCAUGACACCAUGACAGAUCCAGCAGUGCCGGACCGGGGCGAUGGCCAGGAUACAGACCUGUCCCCCGACUCCCCCGCCCGCUCAGACCAAUCCUUCCAUGUCUUCCUGCUGCGCGCACUCAACGACAUCCUCUGCAGCGAUCCUCACCAGCGGGACUCUUCUAUGCUAUGCAUACCUGACAUAUCAUCAGAUCGUAAGGAUGACACGAUAUUCCCGCCUCGAGGCACCGCCAGAAUCCUCUUAUUCCCUUCGCACCGCUUCCUUACCCCCGCCCGCCCAGAGGCUGAGCCGAGCGACUUGCGCGCCGAGAGCCUGAGCUCGGAAUAAGGUACACGGUACCACGCAGGGAUCGGUGGGGAUCGAUGACACUGGCUGUGGAUGUGGAAACAUCGAGAUGUGCAUGUGGAUGGUGCCAAAAAUACCACGGCG